GGCAAAAGAAACAAGAAUCUAACAAUGGAAAAGAAACAAAAUAAAAUGGUGGUACUUAUGUUGGUGUUGGGCAUGAUGGGCCUAAUGGUGCAGGGAAGCAUGGGGUUCCCAUGCGGAACCACAUUUUUCUCUGCACUAGUACAGUUGAUUCCUUGUAGAGCUGCGGUUGCACCAUUUAGCCCUAUUCCUCCAAAUGACGCGUGUUGUACGGCUAUCAGGAUCUUGGGCCAACCCUGUUUGUGUGUGCUUGUCAAUGGCCCGCCCAUCUCUGGCGUUGACCGUAGCAUGGCCAUGCAACUUCCCGAGAAAUGCAACGUCAAUUUCGGACCAUGUGAAUUGGUGAAGGAGGAAGAUACUCAAGACAGGACGUAGAGAGGCUUUGAAGAGAAUAAAGUGUGUGGCACUAAAUAAAUCAAAUCUAAUUGAAAGCAUGUUGUAUUAGUUUCUCUAUUUUGUUAUUUAAAUUUGAAAUAAUAUGUAGGCUAUGUUUUUGGAGUUGUGC